AUGACGACGUUGGUGUUCGAAGUGAGUCAAGUUUCCACGAAUGUAUGGUCCAUAACAGAGAAUGAUGUCCGUAACUGCCGUCCUCUGUCAUACUUGAUAGUCGGCGAAGAGAAAGCACUACUUAUUGACACCGGCUGCGGAUAUGGCAACAUGUAUUUGUACGUUCGUAAGCUUCCACAAAUUGCUUCAAAGAAGAUUAUUGUCGUUAAUACCCAUAAUCAUCCGGAGCAAACGGGUGGGAACCAAAAUUUUUCAACAACCGGAAAAUGGGGAUUAUCUCUGCAAGUGGAAGACUUGUGUGCUUCAAAGAAGAAUAAGUACUACACACGAUUAUUGGAAAGCAAUUGGCAUUGGGAAGUUGGAACAUACAAAGUCACGAGAUGGUUGAAUGAUGGAGACGAGAUCCAUUUAGGCCCGAAAGAAAAUCCAAUAAAUAAUUUGAAGAUCUUCUGGACACCUGGACAUACCCCAGAUAGUUUGGUUGUUUGGUAUGGGCAUGAUGCUCGUCUGUUUCUCGGAGAUUUAUUCUAUCGAUUUUCAGACAUUUAUUUCAACUAUAAAUACACGGAUAUCCGAGAAUAUGAAUCAUCUGUUCGACGUAUAUUAUUAUUUAUAAAUAGUCAACCUAAUUAUAGAGAUAUUAGAUAUUCGUCUGCCAAAAAUGAUGUUAAUAACUUCUGUUUACCACAGCUUAAGCAUUAUCAUCGAUUCUUGUUGGCAAUAUUUGCUGGAACGCACACAGGACUGCCAUUACGAAUAGAUGAAGCAGAAGGAUGGCGAUAUGAAACGAGAGAUAAAGCCAUGCGAAUAGUCCUUGGCCGCAGAAUUGUUCAAUAUUUGAGUGAAGCACGAGAAAAGGCUCAACAACGGGAAUGA